UUAUUAUGAUGACGAGGUAGCAGGUCAGUCCUGCGAUGACGUGAGUUCAAUACUAACCAAAAUUUAGCUGCAUUGCAAUGAAGUUCAAGUCUCAUCAACUCCUCAUUUUGCACAUGCGAAUUUUAAAAAUAGUAAUUAGACAAAUUUAAACCGGAUAAAACUGGGUGGCUGUGUUAUCGUAGAUUAAAAUAAAACUGUUCGGGUGACUUACUUAGUAUUUUACCGUCGUGGAAAUCGAGCGCUAUGAAGGAUACGAGUGAAUUUGGUAAAGAUGAAUCCAUGAAGACAUCAUGGCGCAAGAAAGCGCACAAACUGGUCAAGCGGCGACUCCCAAUUAUAGGAUGGAUUCGCCGCUACACAAAGAAGGACUUGAUAAGCGAUGCGAUUGCUGGGAUAACUGUUGGCCUAACCGUCGUUCCUCAGUCGAUGGCUUAUGCUGCGAUUGUGGGACUUUCUCCCGAGUAUGGACUGUACUCCUCCUACGUGGGAGUAUUAACGUAUAUUCUGCUAGGAACAUGUGCUCAAGCAACAAUAGGACCAACUGCAGUUAUGGAAUUGCUCACGUUCCAAAUUUGUGGACCUAAUUAUCCAGCUUGCGUAAUUUUGACGGGAUUUUACUCAGGAGUUUUCGAGCUUCUCUUAGCAAUGUUAAGAUUAGGUUGGAUCGUUAGUUUCAUAUCUGAACCAGUUACAGUCGGGUUUACCGCAGGAGCCGCAAUGACCAUACUUUCAUCACAGAUUAAAAACUUUUUUGGCAUCAAAGGUAGCAAAGGGAAUGGAUUUCUUGGCUACUGGAAAAAAGUUUUCUCCGAUUACCCAACAAUUAGCAUGGCCGACAGUGUCAUGGGAAUUUGUGCCUUUGUCACAUUGAUCUUGCUCAAGAAACUGAAGGAUAUAAAGCCGUCAGAAAACAAGUUUAUUAAAACAACACUCUGGCUAACUUCAUUGUCCAGAAAUGUAAUUGUUAUCGUGGUCACGUCAAUAAUUGCGUGGGCAUGGUCAGGGCACACACCAUUCCAGCUCGUGGGAAAUGUGCAGGGUGGAUUUCCUUCAGUUGCACUGCCCCAAUUUCGCCUCCCCGUCAAGCGUGUGGAAGAUACUUAUUACUAUAAUCUCAACAAUCAGACUUAUAAUGAGACAUCCAUGCUGAAUAUGACAAUAAGUACGGAAGGUGGUGACGAUACCUACCUCUCCUUCAUGGAAUCAUGUCAGCUCUUAAAAACCGGACCACUAGUAAUCGCUCUAAUUUCAAUCCUUCAAAAUGUCGCUAUUUCGAAAGCAUUUGGAGCCGGGGGAAAAGUUGAUGCUACGCAAGAGAUGAUUGCUUUGGGCGUGUCUUCUGUGUUGGGUGGAUGUUGUAGCGCUAUGCCAAUCUCUGCAAGUUUCUCCAGAUCAGCGGUGAAUGAUGCGAGUGGGGUCAGGACUCAAAUGGGUGGAUUGUUUGCAGGAAUCUUGGUAAUUCUCUCCCUUGGAUUUCUCACCCCGUCGUUUUACUACAUACCGAAAGCAAGUUUAUCUGCCGUGAUAAUUGCAGCCGUGAUGGUGAUGAUAGAGUAUGAGAGUAUCAUUCCGAUGUGGCGGAUUUCAAAAAUGGACGCCAUCGCAUGUUUAAUCACCUUCGCAUGCUCCUUAUUCCUCGGAAUGGAAUACGGCAUUGUGAUCGGUGUGUGCAUUUCGGUGGGUGGAAUUCUGCUCAAAUCCCUGAAACCUGAACUCACUCCGGAAAUCAGGACGGACAGCAGAACUGGCAUAAAUUACCUGGUCAUCACCCCGUCUAAAUCGGGGAUACACUUCCCGUCAAUUGAUCAUGUUUCAUCCACAAUUCAGAAAUUGUGCCUUAAACAUAAAUCUUGUCGCGUUAUCGUGCUCAAUUUUUGUCAUUGGUCAAGUUAUGAUUAUUCGGGAGCGAGUACUUUUGUUUCUUUGGUGAAGGGGAUGAAGAAAAAUGGGAGAAUGCUUCUUUUUAUGAAUUGCAGUCCGGAGUGGGUGAAAGUGCUGGGAUUGGCUGGACUGCAAAAUGUACCAGCCAUAUCUGGCGACAAGGAGGAGGCAGACUUAUCUGCGCACUUAUCCAGGCUGGAUAAAGAGGAGUUACAAGGAAUAGAUAGUCAAGCCAUAGGGGUUUCAAACCGGACUGAUAAAUCUGUUGAGGGUGUAAUUGCUGGUGUCAUUUAUACCGUGGGACAACCAACAGUAGAUUUAUGUCGUUAUAGAAGUAAAUGAUUUAAUAAUUAUCGGAAAUAUUAAUAUAAUAUCUUUAAGUUUAAAGUUUUUUAAUUGGAAAUAAAUAAAUACAUCAUCUAAUUGUUGAGCAUA